ACGUUAUUUUCAAUAAGAUGUGAAGGCACUGUCAAAAAUAGAGCCAUUUUGAACCCUAAAGUCAAGCAGUAAGGGGCAAUUAAUUCUUUAUAUAGUUCACUGGCUCAUAAACCAACCAGAAAAUCUUGCUUCUCCAAUAUGGGCGUCUUUUAUCAAGAAGACCCACCAAAUCCUUCCAGGAAAUGCUUUCUAGCAGGUGCGUUGAAGGAUGCAUUCUGCAACUGCCAUACUUUUAGCAAACAACUACCGAAUUCUAACGACAAGGACGAAUAUUCUACAAGUGACUUUGAUGAUCAAGAGGAAGAAAUUGUAUCAGAAAUCAGAAGUCGAGCAAUGGAAAAGUUGAAGCGAAAAACUAACCUGUCGGACAGCUUUUCCUGGGUUUUCUCACCUGCAACCAAAGAAUUAUAUGUUACUUCAAUGGAGAUAGAGAAGAUGGAUGAAUCUGGAAAUGAAGAUAACACAGGAGAUGAGUUCUACUCUGUUCAGAGUUUUCUCACAUGUUGUUCAACUGCAGCAACAAAUGAAGCAUUCUUUUCUGUGGAGGCCAACUUUUCCCGAUGUUCAAGCUUAAAUGGUCUUAAUUUUCUAGAUGAAGAUCUCAAGAGGCGCACCAUCUUGCAGGAAGUUUUUCAUUGUGAAGGAUGGCCAUUCGGUCUUUGCAGGAAGGCAGUGUUACUUCCACCUCUGCCCAAGUCGCCAUCUGAAUCUUGGUCAUGGAAUAAAGGCACCAAAAUUGUAAAGACAUAUUGAUGUCCGAAUUCAGUGCUACGUUCUAUUUUUGUAUUUUGCUUCAGCCUGCAGCAAUGUUGGGAUUGAAGAGUCCAACAUAGCUCCUCUUGGUAACAAAAUUCAUCAAGCUAUUGAUCUGAUUAAAUCCAACUUUCAACUCUUAUUUACUUCAUAAACAUAUGUUUUUUUUAA